GCCUGCGCCGCAUGCGCGCGCACAGUCGGCGGCCGCGCGCAGCACGCUCAAGGCCGGGAUGGCGGCGGCGGCGGCAGGAAGCGGGACGCCCCGAGAGGAGGAGGGACCUGCUGGGGAGGCAGCGGUCUCGCAGCCCCAGGCCCCAACGAGUGUGCCUGGGGCUCGCCUCUCGAGAUUGCCUCUGGCGCGAGUGAAGGCCUUGGUGAAGGCAGAUCCCGACGUGACGCUAGCGGGACAGGAAGCCAUCUUCAUUCUGGCACGAGCCGCGGAACUGUUUGUGGAGACCAUUGCAAAAGAUGCCUACUGUUGCGCUCAGCAGGGAAAAAGGAAAACCCUUCAGAGGAGAGACUUGGAUAAUGCAAUAGAAGCUGUGGAUGAAUUUGCUUUUCUGGAAGAAAUGAAGUGUUAAAAGAGAAGUAUACAACAAGUAACGUGGAAGCUCUGAUGAGAAAAGAAUCAAUUCUGCCUGUGAGGAUUAUGGACCAGACCCUGAGAAGAUAAUCUUUGAAGUACCCUUGGGGCAUAAAUGGAAUUUCACUUCAACGGUUAUAAAAUAAUUAGUCUUGGCUGCAACACUUUUUUUUUUUUUUUUUUUUUUUGAGAUGGAGUUUCGUGCUUGUUGCCCAGGCUGGAGUGUAAUGGCGUGAUCUUGGCUCACUGCAACUUCUACCUCCCAGGUUCAAGCGAUUCUCCUGCCUCAGCCUCCUGAGUAGCUGGGAUUACAGGCGCCUGCCACCACACCCAGCUAAUUUUUUGUAUUUUUAGUAGAGACAGGGUUUCACCAUGUUGGCCAGGCUGGUUUCAAACUCCUGACCUCAGGAGAUCCACCCACCUCGGCCUCCCAAAGUGCUGGGAUUACAGGUGUAAGCCACUGUUCCCGGCCUGCUGCGACACUUUUAACUUAUGUUUGUAUGGCAGUCCCACUGACUGAGUAGUCUCUCACGCUUUAUCUUGUUUAAUUGGAAUAAUAAUUUUGCAAGGUUAGGUAAGAGGGUAUUUUUUUUUUCAGGUAAGAUUGAAAUUUAGAGAGCCUUAAUGACUCGCCCUAAGGUGAUCCAGUUAUUUGGGUGAGGGAGGGAUGUAGAUGUGGAGCUAGUAUCGUCUAUCUGUCUCCAAGUACUGCGAGAGUCCUUUCUCAGCCCUUGCUUUUAACAGGCAAACCAGAGGUGCAUUACAGGAGUUUGCAAAUUUUGAUCAUUCAUAGCUUAAUGAUACAGGAAUUUUUGCUCCUUAGUUCAGCUAAAAUCCGGGUUCUUGUCUCACAACCAAGAAAAAUUAGGCACAUGGACACAUUGAAAGGUGAGGAGAAUGGAUUCAUUAGGCAAAAAGAAAGCUCUCAGCAAAGAAAGAGGAGGUCUUCUCAACAAACUCCCACUUUACAGAUUGAAUACCAGGCCACCGCACACGAGCUGAAGAGGACCUACUCCUCCUCCUGCGUAAGGCGUGAAUUCCUGGUGGUUCCAUCCCAUUUCCCCAGUGCAUGUGGGCCUGGUGCAAUCAUGCCCAGGCAAGACCUUGUGCAGGUUCCCUCAUCUGUACAAAAACAUCUGGCACAAACACUUGUGGGGCAGGUCGGAGAUUUUCCAGGGACCCUGCCUUAUCUGCCUCCUGCAUCUAUCAUUACUAACUAGCCUCAGUGACCAUUAGUAGUUCUCCAAGUGUGGUCCCCAGAGCAGCAGCCUCAACAUCACCUGGAAACUUGUUAGAAAUAUAAGUGCUCAGACCCCAGUCUGCACCUGCUGAAUCAGAAGUGGUGGGGCGGGGUCCAGCAGGCUGUGUUUGAACAAGCCCUUCAGGGGAUUCUGAUGCAGGCUUAAGUGUGCGAAUCUCUGGUGUAGAUGAUCUGAGUAACACAAUUUUGAGGAUUCUCUUAAAUUAAAAUAGAUGAUAUGAAAACAUGAGAACUGACUCUAAAAAAGCCUCUGACAACCCAAGUAAUCCUUUUAGUAUCAGCACUUAGGUUAAAUCAUGCUUUCCUUUCCUUGUCUGAGGACACUUAUCGAGCAGGAUGAUGUGCCAUAGGGCUGGAAUAAAUUUGGUAUUUAAACUGCAUGUACUUAUUUCUCUUUGAGAAAACACAAAUAUAUUCAUAGUCACAGAAAACAGGGACCUAGAAUGCAAAGUCAAGUUCUCCCAUAACUAAAAUGCAAGGUUAUAUGUUGCUUCAGAACACAAAGAGUUGGAUUUCUGACAAGGGUUACCCACCAAAGAGACCCCAAUCCUGAAAACUUCCAGAUCGCACCCUAGAACGUGCAGUUCCCAAAGAAAUUCAAUAGAAAGAUGGGAGAGAUCCUAGUGUCAUGGCAUUUCAUUCUCUUGAAUAGUUGGUGAGAAAAAAACAAGAGGGAUGAGGGGAUUCUGUUACCAUGACAACGUGGAGAGGCCUGGCUGGUACCCUGGAGCUGACAAAGCUGGGCAUCCUGAUUCUACAAUAGAGAAACGGGGCUGUUGAGGCCUGGGGAUUGGGUAGAAAUGAAUAUUCUUCUAUUCCUGUACACUUCUGCCACACUGCCUGAUUUUUAAAAAAUUGAUGCAAUUAAACAGCAUGCACAGUGACUGUGGCUGAUGAACAUCUUUUCAUGCAUUUCCCCUACCUGGAAGGCACUCCCUUCCUUUUCUGUCUACUUUCUAUUCAUCUCUCACUCAAUAGCUCCAAACCUGCUUCCUCAGGAACGAUUCCUCAUUCACUGGUACUCAGCAAACCACAGCAUUCAAAGGCUCUUCCACUGAGUCCUGCUUUACAAUAAUUUUUUGUUUUUUUUUUUUAUACACAUAAACUAUGUCCUUCAGUGGGGAAAAACAAUAACUUUUACUUCCUUGUGCCUUCAGGAUGGAAACAACAAAGCUGUCCAUAAUCUUUUUUCCUCCUUUCUUUUAAAAUAAAAAAAGCUAACAAUGAUGUGUGCUCCACCUGACCUAUUAGACUGGUAGAAGAGCAGUGUCACCUGAGGGCUUGUUAAAAAUGCAAUUUGGGGCUUUGCCCCAGAUCUGCUCAAUUAAAAACUUUUUAGAGGGUGGGGCCAAGGAAUCUCUUUUUAAUAAGCCCUUCAGAUGAUUCUGAUACACAUUGAGUUUGUGGAUCACUGUGCUAGACACAUCUGAGUGUUUCAUAAUUUUUUCUAUUUAAUUUUCACAACCACUCUUAAUUUAAGAACUAUUAUUAUCCUCCAAACAGAUGGUGGAACUGAGGAGCAGAGAGUAUGAGUAAAUUGUUUAAGGUCCCUGUGGUGUAUUGCUUCCGAAGAUGUGGGCAGCAAUCCCUCCUCCUUUUUCAAUGUGACUUUGCCAAUUUUCUCCAUCAAAAAGUGCAGUCUAUUUCCAUCCUCUUUGAACUGUACUGGUCUAUGACUUUCUUUGACCAGUAGAACACAAGUAAAGUGACAUGGUGCAACUUCCAAUGCUAGGUCUAAGAGGCCCUGCAGAUUCUGUUUUCACUCUCUUAGUCCUCUCACUCUCCACGAAAAGUCUAGGCUAUCCUGUUGGAGAUGAGCCACAUGGUAAUAGGUAUCCUGGAGAACAAGCAACUGGACCAUGUGGAGAGAGGGGCAAUGUGGAGAAGAAUCAAUGUGUGCCAGCUGACAGCCGGCACCAAGGCCUAGUCAUGUGACAAGGCCAUCUUGAACCUUCAGCCCAGCCUCUUCAGCAGCUGACUCCAGCCUCAUGAACCUUGCUAAAGCCACAUGGAGAAGAGGGUUGCUAAGCCCUGCCUAAACUCCCAACCCACAAAAUUCUGUGCGAUAAAAUGGCAUUGUUUUAAGCAACUGAGUGUUGGAAUAGUUUGUUACACAGAAGAGGAGAACUGAAACAGUCAUAUAUUUGUCAAAAAUAAAUCAAUAAAAUAAAAUGGGAAUUGUUAUUUUUUUAACAUAUUGGCUUUAAGCCCAAAUU